UUCUACCUUCAGACUAACAGAGACACUAGAGAAGAGAGACUGCUCCUGCCCACAGACUUAGGAGGGAACCGUGUUAGAAACUAAAACCCCACAGACUUUACUGUGUGUGACAGAAAGAAGGAGAGAUAAACGUCAACGUUUUUUUUUUACAACCGCAGUUCUUAAAGAGUAUUUUUUAUUUACUAUUUAAAAAAAAUAAUUAUAAAAGAAGUUUUACAAAUGCUUGGAACGAUAACUCUCACAGUUGAUGCCGUGUCCGUGUCUCAGAAGGAGGAGGUUCCUGAAACAAUGGACUCCCUCCAGGCUGAGGUGCCCCCUCAGGUGAACGGAGAGAAGGAUGAGAAAGAGUCACCUGACACAAACAACAUCACCCCUGCAGAGGAGAAGGAGGUCGAGGAGAAACCAGGCGAAGCCAAUGAGGUGGGCUUCAAAAAGAUCUUUAAGUUCGUUGGCUUCAAGUUCACUGUGAAGAAGGACAAGAAUGAGAAGACGGAGCCGGUGCAGCUGCUGACGGUGAAGGACAAGGACGUGGAGGAAGGAGAGACCAGCGGGUCUGAGGAAACUAAGGAGGAAGCCGCCACUGCAGAGGAGGAGGUCAAAUCUGAGAAGGAGAAGGCAACUGAGCUAGAUACCUCCACCAUUGAGACUGACGCCACUCCAGUGGAUGCCCCAUCUGAGACCGUGGAUGGAGAGGCUGCAGAGGCAGUCAGAGAAGAGGCUGCAGAGGGAGCUGAGGCGGUAGCUACAGAGAAAGAGCCUGAGGACCCAGCUGCAACUAACCCACCUGGCCAGGAGACCACUCAGUCCCCCUUCAGAAGGUUCUUUACACAGGGAAUCUUCUUCAAUCUGCGCAAGAAGGCAAGCAUCAAGAAGCCCAAAGAGGAGGAACCAAAAGAGAAAGCUGCCGAGGAGGAGAUAAAGGAGGGGGAGGAAACAGCAGAGGCUGUGGUGGAGGAGGAUGGAGAGAAAGCACAAGAAGAGGUUGAGGGAGAGGUGAAGGAGGUGGAACCAGUGACAACACCAGAGGAGGCUAAGCCUGAUUAUUCCACAGAAACUGAGACAGUGGAAGCACCUGUCAAAGAGAUCAAAGAGGAGGUCCAAGCCGAGGUUGCAGUAGAAAUGUCAGAAUCCGGUAUUUCUGACAAUGCCAAACCAGUGGAAGAGAAAGUUGAAGAGGCUGUGGAAGCAGACAACGCCCCAGUCGAGGUCACCACCGAGGCUGAGCUGCUAUCAUCCCAGGAGAAGGUCAAGGCCCAGGGAAGCCCACUGAAAAAGCUCUUCACUGGGGCCGGCCUGAAGAAGCUCUCUACCAAGAAACAGAAGAAAGACAAGAAAGACGCAGAGGCCAAGCUGACCGAGUCUGGGGAACAGGCAGCUGAACUCCAAACCUCCACAGAUUCAGCAGAGGUCCAGAAACCCGACAGUGGGGCCUCGUCUCCAGAGGAGUCUGGUGAGCAUGCCAUCGGGGUAGAAACCGCCCAAGCUGAGGUCAGCCAAGAGGCUGAUGGGGAGGUAACCAGCUCAGAUGAAGGGAAGAAGAAAGAAGGUAUCAUGCCCUGGUCCUCCUUCAAGAAGCUGGUGACGCCCAAGAAACGCAUCAAGAGGCCCUCUGAGAGUGAGGACGAGGCAACUGGUGAGAAAGCCAAGUCGGGCACCCUGUCCUCCACUGAGAGUGCCGUGUUUGUGGAGAAAGAGAAGGAGCCGGAAUCCACUGAGGAGGACCCAAAAACCGAAGCCACUGAAAAGCUGGAGGGCAGCACCGAGGAGUCCAAAAGGAUGAAGAUGGACACCUCAGUCUCAUGGGAGGCCCUUAUGUGUAUGGGCGGCAAUAAGAAAAGGACCAGGAAGACCUCUGACUCUGAAGAUGAGGAGACCAAAAUCGAAGAGGAGGCGCCACAAGCUGGAGAAGAACCGGCUAAGACCACAGAGUCUCCUCUUGGAAGUUCCAGAGAGGCUGAUCAGGAAAACACGGUGUCGUCCCCCGAACCAUCCACUAGCCCCGCCGCAGGAGAGUCCACCUGGGAUACUCUCAAGCGCCUCGUCACCCAUAGGAAGAAGCCCAAAGCCGAGGAUAAGACAGAUGAGUCCGGUGCCGAACCGGUUGUCUCAGACAGUGAAAUCUCAAAAGAAGAUUCCUCAUUCUCUCUGAGGAAACUCAUCCCUGGACGUAGAAAGAAGAAGCAGCUUUCCUCCGAUCUGGGGUCUGGCGAGGAAGACUCUGACACACCAGCCGUGGUCCCCCUCUCAGAAUACGACAACGAGCAUGCCAAGACUAAGGAAGAGGCUGAAUUUGAAAUGACAGUGGAGACAGUGGAUGCUAAGGAGGCAGCACCAAUCACUCAGGCUCAAUCCUCCACCGAAGAGAGAUCCCCCUCUUGGAUCUCAGCCACGGCUGUUGUGGAAGACCUCCAGGAGAUUCCACACGAUCAGCUGAGCGACAUUCCAGAAGAGGGUGCCGCCACCCCAAAGUCUGCUGACACCACUCUCGCCGAGGACAUUGUAGAGCAGACCUCAGAGGCGGUCACAUGCCUGGAGCAGGAGCCUGAGCUGUCUGUUGCCGAGGUGACUACAAAGAUGAUUCCAGACAUGUCUGGAGAAACCACCCCUGUGCCCUAUGAACCUGAGCCAGAGUCUCUGGAGGUCCUCCAGGAGGCUGUGGAGCUGGUCAAUGAGCUCCCAAGCCUGACUUCCGUAGAAAUCACAGAGGUCCAACUGGAGAAUGUUGCGUCCAUCCCAGAGCCCACACCGCCGAUUGAGUUCACCGAGAGCGAAUCAAAGGUUGUCUUGAUGGUGCAUAAAGAAACUGAGGCCACCGCCAUCUGCACUGGCCUGGGCACCAAGGAGAUUGCCAAGGUGGCGGUGGAGAAGCCUGUGAUUCCCACCGUGGAGUGUCUAGCUGAGAUCAGCGAUGCUCUGUCUGCUGAGUUGCCAGUGGAGGACAAGGCUGAUCCAACUGAGGUGGCUGAUUCUAUUGAAGAGCCAAUGUUUGAGGCUCAAGUGGAGCAGGUCGACAGCACAUUCCUGGAGACCUCCCUAGAGAAGACUAUUGAAGAUAUCCCAGAGCCUGAGAUAGCCACUGAGGGCAAAGAGCAUGAAGUUGAAAAGCUAGCCGUGAUCAAUGAUAUCCAGACGGAGGCUGAAAUCAUCGAGGCCCCUGUAGUGACUGAGAACACCCCCAGAGUGGAGCUGGUGGACCCCAUCACACCAACUGUCGAAGAAUCCAUUGCCGCUGACAUUGUGGAGAUCUCUGAGGCACCUGUCGUUGAGGUCAAAAGUGAGGAGAUGGAGGUGGAAGAGACAGCUGCCAUCAAAGACAUCGCUCCUGUAGAGGAGGUGAAUGAGCCCGUCACAAGAGAAAUGGCUACCUCGCUAACUGACUUUGAUCUGGCCACAGUUACUGAGGUGUGCGAGGCAGCCAUUGCUGUUGUAGCCCCUGCUGAAGAGUUCAUCAUUGUCAAGGAGACUGUGUGCCUAAUCAGCCCACCGUCCGUGAAAACCCAGCAAGUGGAGGUCCCGGAGGCCAUGGCGGUGGAAACAGUCUCAGUGGCAGUUGCAGAGCCUGCGGGUGAUUACCAAAUCCAAGUGAAAGUGACUGAGGUUGGUGUCACAGAGGCCGAGGAGACGAAGGAGGCAGAGGCCAUGGAGGAGACGGGUUUGGUCAUUGCUCAGGUGGUCAUCCUGAACGCUGUGGAGAAAGUGUCUGAAGCAGAGGCUGAACCCGAAGCACCUGCCUGCGUCACUGCCACCGUGAAGACACCUGAAGACGCACUACCAGUCCAGGCAGUAGCAAUGAUAGAGAAAGAGAUUGAACAAAUAGCAGAGGAGAAACCUGUCAUUGCUGAAACUCCUGUAGUCCAAGUUAAAGCACCAGCACCAGAAACUCCUGCAGAGGAGCCUGCUGCUCCAGAGGCACAAGCUGAGGCUGAAAAACCACCAAAGGAAGUUCACGAGGCCAUUCAGGUCAUUGAGACAAUUCCAGUCAUAGUUGAAAUCACAGAGAGUAUCGUGGAAGAGGUUAACAAGGAGGCGGAGGAUGUUGUCAAAGAGGGAGUUGAGGAGAUAAAACAGGAAGUGGAAUUAAAGCAAGCAGUGGAGGUCAACAUAAGUGAGGAGAAAGUUGUAGAGGUUGAAGUUGUAGUAAAGGUGGAACAGACAGAGAGUGAGUCAGAUGGAAAGGCAGAGGAGGAGAUUCAAAAGGUAAAGAGCAACGUAGAGGCAGUAGAGGUUCAGGAAGUUCUACAAGCUGAGGUAAUCAAGCUGGUUCAGGAAGUGAUAGCAGAGGUUCCCGUUCCAGAGGCAGCUGAUGAGAAGUCAGAAGCGGCGGUGGUGACAGAAGAGACCCCAGUACCAGAGGGGCCCACAGAGACACCGAAAGCCCCAGCCCAGCCAAAGGAGACGACUGCUGAGGUUGUGGGCCCACAUACAGUACAGGUGGUCAAUCAAGCGGCACAGAUCGUUGAAGAGAAGGAAGCAAAGGAAAUCCAGAUGGAGGAGGUGGUGGAAAUCGAUGCCAUUGUAAGCGCACCAGAGACAAAGGAAGCCCUGGCUAAAGAAGUCACGCCAGCCCCUGAAUCCACACCAGACACCCCAGCUGUGACUGCCAGCCAAGAGGCCCCUGCUAACAUCGUGGAAGAGGAGGUUGCCAUCGCCAUGGCUGUGACAGUUGGCAGACCAGCGGAGGCAGGGGCAGAGAAGGCGACGCCAGUGAAGCGUGUGGAGGUGAUGGCCCAGGUGAUCGAGGUGAUCGAGGAGGCAGUGAGGGAGAUUGAAACUGUCUCCUCCACAGAGCUCACAGCUACAUCGUGAGCAGCUGUAGAUGCAAGAUGGUUGCCUGGGAGACGGACUGUCCUGACCAGGAAGUGAGUGAUAGUGAGAAAGUUAGCAAGAGAGAGAGAGUGAGAGGAUGCACUGUGGAGACACACUGAGACUGAGUUCCACCCCACCCUGCCCAGAGCGACUGAGUGACUGAGCUCCACCCCACCCUGCCCAGAGUGACUUCGCUCCACCCCACCCUGAGUGACUGAGCUCCACCCCACCCUGAGCGACUGAGUGACUGAGCUCUACCCCACCCUGAGCGACUGAGUGACUUCGCUCCAUCCCACCCUGAGCGACUGAGUGACUUCGCUCCACCCCACCCUGAGCGACUGAGUGACUUCGCUCCACCCCGCCCUGCCCAGAGUGACUUCGCUCCACCCCACCCCUCUCUCCUUCCCCCAUGCCCCUGUCCUGCAGCCCCAGCCUGUCACACAGAGGUGGCAUCCCCACCCCACUGUCCCUCCAUAGGUGAAGCAUCGUUCUCCCUACACACAUACCAAGCCACAGUCCUGCACCUUUGAAGCUUCCCAUCUGGCUCGUAAUCAAUGUGAUUUACUUUUUCUGUUUUGAUGACCUUGCUGUGGCUCGGGAGUCUGCUGUCCGUUUUGUGUGUGUGUGUGUGUGUGUGUGUGUGUGUGUGUGUGUGUGUGUGUGUGUGUGUGUGUGUGUGUGUGUGUGUGUGUGUGUGUGUGGUCUCUGAGUUGGAGGAUUAUUAUAUUGUAUAUUGUAUUUAUAUCUUAUGCGUAAUCUCUCAUUCCCCCAUCCUUUAUUUUUUUUGUAUGGAAUAUGUGACCCAUUUUCUCAAACAUAUGUAAGACUUCAAAGAUAAUGUCUGGAUUUUGCAGAAAUUCUAACUAAACCAUGGUACAUAUGUGAUUUCAAUGGCGGUGUUCCGAUAUCAUUGAUUGCAGACGAUGACUUAAUGUGAAGACAUGGAGUGAGGUGAAAGUCAAUAGGUGUGCAACAAAUCUUACAAACUUUCAUCUUUGACAUGUUCUGUCACACUGUACUUCCUUUCAGCCUGACAAUAUAUUUUCAGCUCCUACUGUAGAUAAAACAUACUUCACUGCCUGAAUGACUGUGAAAAAAAGUAUUGUUACUUUCUGAAAUAAGUAUGUCUUUGAUUAUUGUGUAAAAAUACAAUAAAACACUAUUAUCUCAGCCUGGUUUGAUAUUGUGAGAGAGGUAUUUGGUGACACUAGUACUAUGAUGGGGAGAGUAACAUAUAUCUCACGUUAGAUUGUCUUGUAUUUUCAAGUGUAUGACUUCUGUUAACGUUGUGGAUAGCACUUCAAAAUAUGUGUAAUUGCUUGAUCUCUUGAAAUGGUGAUCUAUCCGUCCAUCUCUGGUGUACAGUGUACGCUCGUAGGGAGGAUUGUAUGCUAGUUUGGAGUGUACACCAGUUAUUUGGCGCCCUCUGCUGCCGAUACAGACUAUCACAUCUCUCAGUCGAUAUAUUUUACCAUUCCCACUGGUGAGUGCUGUUAUGUAAUGUUUAUGUUUGAAUGUUGGAAAUGUUUACAUUUCAUUGCAUUUUCAAAUGAACAUUGUUUGCUGAAAAUACAUUCCACACAUGCAUUUCAUGUUGUAACUUGUGUGACAGUACAGUAAGUCAUAACCUCACUGAUUUGGCAACAGUGAGGUUUUUAGAUGGUACAAACUACUCAAUCACAAAUCACAUGGUACCAGACAAAGAGAACAUCUUAUAUUGACAUUUCUAUGUAGCCAAGCCAAAUUGACUUAGGGUAGGUUAUCCAUGGUUGCUAACAUGAUAGAACAUCAGCAGGACGAAAUGUGUCCAAUUUGUCUCAAAUGCCUCAUUCUGGGUCAGCCUGAUUUACUUAUCUUCAAGUCAACUUUUAUUUACCAAUGAAAUUCAAAUGCUGAUUUUGGGAUUAGUUAGGGUGGCUAGAUGAGCCAAUUCUACUGUGGGCACAUACUGUGAGAAUGGAGUGCUUCCUAUUUAUCCCUCGGAUGUCAAAAUGAUGAUUGACAAUAUAGCUCUAGACUUUACACCUCACAAAGCUGACUGACCAAUGAGACACGAGAGAAAUCCUAGAAGCCUCGACCACUAUAUCUGGUCACUGUUUCACUUUACUUUGACUGUGGAUUUGUCACACACAUCCACAAUGUUUGUUUUAUGUAAAAUAGUACAAAUAAAUAAUAAACAGUCUGUGUCCACUGCUUAUUCUAUUGCAUUUGGUUUGGAAACACCACCUUAGAUCCGCCCGAGCUUUUUGUAACACAAUCUAACUGUGAACCUGGUAACAUCUGUACAAACUGUAUACCUAUGCACUUCAAAAAAUAAUAUUGUAAUAACCUAUAAGCAUAUAAUGUAUCUGUAGCAUGGACUUAAUUCUGUCUUUUACAUUUUCCAAGCUCUUAAUAGUAGAUACAGAAACCUGUCUAUAUUUCAUUCAAAAAUAAAGCUAGCAAUAUAAAAAUGUG